AUGUCCUCCAUCUUCCACGACCAAUCGCUUUUGGACGCAUUCAAACGUGCAGCUUCCAACGAUCCUGCGUGUUCUCCAGAUGCUCUUAAGCUGAAUGUCCUAGAUUGGUGCCUGGAGCCUAAUGCAUUGAGCUUCUCGCCCCUGGACCUGCCAACCAGUGUCUCCGCAGAAGGCUUUCUCUGGCUCUUUGAUCACUAUGCUGCGCCGUCUGCAUUUCUUGCGGGAAGAUUGCGGUCGGUCACACACUCUUUCGGUGCUCUGAAUGAUAUGAACGGCUAUAAUUGCGCCUGGUUUCACUAUCUGUGUAAGAAUAUCACCGUCACUCGCGAUGCCCAUGGUAAGGCGUCGAUAUCCGAUCCUGGACCAGGAGCGCCGCAGCUCAAGCACGGAGACUUGACGUGGAUACGGUCUGGGUAUUUUCUGCGCUGGGCAGUGGGCUCGAAUCGAGAUCCAGAAGUAACGCUGAUCUGUUUCGAGCCGUCAAUUUCUCUCAAAGAACGUCUUCAACAAAUUCCAUCGUCGUCAAUAUCAAACAGCGUCGUCCGUGACCCAUAUAGUCUCUUUGCCAUCGUCCUGGAGGAACUGUCCCUGCAGAUGGACAACACGGUCGGGGAUGUCCUGAACGUCUUUCAACACAUUGAAUGGAACACCCUGACCACUGCAAGGUAUAGGGAAUCAUUCACCUGGCUGCACGAUGUCUCCAAGCAUAUCCUGUUUCUGCAGGAGAGCGCUGAGGCCACGCUGCUCACUUUGAGAAAUCUGUCCUGGCAUCACGGCCGUAUCCUCGAAACAGUUCCUGACCCGGACCGCCAUGCAACUGAAACGGCACAGGAAAUGCUGGCACACGCCGAGACGCAGUUCCAGUCCACCAGUUUGCGCCUGAAGAGUCUUGAAAAACGAAUGGACAAUAUUAUCGCAUUACAAUUCCAUGGCAACCAUUGCGAUCGUAACACUCUCCUUCCUGCCAACGACGACCGUAUCCGUGAGUCCUAUGUUUCCGGUGACUAUGGAACUUCAUUGCUGACCAUCUAG